AAAUUUAAGAGACUCAAAAGCAAUUUGAUUUGUGCUUAUUGACAUUACUAAAUCAGGUGCACUUGAACAAUAAUUCUCUGUUUCCCAGACGAACAUUGAUGGCUCCGAGCAAGAAAACCAAAUCGAAGGUGAAUUCGGCUGAUUCAAAUCAGCCUCCGUCCAACUCCAAGUACCCCGCGUGCCUCCGCGCCGUCCCUCCUUCCUCCGUCGCCAUCUCCAUCCACGCAAAGCCCGGUUCCAAACUGGCCACCAUCACCGAUAUGAAUGACGAGGCAUUAGGAGUGCAGAUUGACGCCCCUGCUAAAGACGGUGAAGCUAACGCCGCACUUCUUGAUUACAUUAGCUCGGUUAUUGGGGUGAAGAAAAGGCAAGUUUCAAUAGGUUCCGGCUCAAAGUCGAGGGACAAGGUUGUGAUAGUAGAGGAGGUAACUUUACAAGGUGUAUUUGAUGCUCUAGAUAAAGUCCUAAAGAACCAGUGAAAGGAUAUUUAGUAGCUGUGAGUUGUGUGUGACAUAGUACAGUGAUCCUUUGUGUUCCUUUUACUGAAGAUCUUGAAGGUCUUUUCCUUUAUUUCUCAUCAUGCUAUUCUCAGCGACUGAGGAAGUCAACCUAGUAGAUCAACGGACUACAUAUACCGCAAAACAAGUUAUCCGGUCAUACCCAGUUUCUUUAUAUCUACUCUUCCACAUAUGACAUAGCAAUCCAGCAUGUGCAUGAAUGUGAAUGUGUGUAUGCACCUGUGCUUUUUGGUAUGUCUCUAAGCUGAUGGUAACAAAAAAUUGCAAAUAGAUUAAGUUAUAAAAUCAUUUCAAAGUUUGCCAAAACCUGGGAAAAGUAUGCUAUCAAAUCUUGCUGGUUCAAAGCUGUGCAAUGGAAUAAUUGUAGUUGUGGUGAAUGAGCUUUACAAGGCUGUUUAUUAGCGAUAAAGCAGAGCAAAGCACAUCCAAAUGUGGCAGCAGAAGUCCUCAGGGAUACAGAAACUAGCAAAGAGGAAGAAGAGAAGAGUGGAACAGACAUACUCAGAGGUUUAACAAAUACAAAAUAUGAAGCCAGGUUUUUGUUGUUAUUACUCUCUUUGGAUGAAUGAUACACUUGUUUGCUAGGCCUGAAGACGGCAAUGCUGGAGCAUAGAGCUAGUGCUCUUGAGUCAAAAACUUAAAAGGAUUUAGAAUCUUUAACCCCCCGUAUAAAUAUACUACAAGGAAUUCUUCCCAAACAGGUACCAUAUUAUUUAGGCCUAAUCAGACCAUAGUUUAUGGAUACUGCACAGCCAGGAAUUCUUUGAAGUGAAUACAUGAUAAAUCCAUGGUUAAAUACUAUCAACAGCCAGCUUCCACGUUAAAACAGGCGAAGUGGCUCGGUUCCAUUCAUGUUCUGGAUCCAAUUAAUUGUAUCAAGUGGUGCAUAUUGAUGAAUGUUGUGGACCUGUCUUCAAGUGAAAGUUGUUGAAAGCUCAUUUAUCAGUCUUCAGAUAAGAAAGUAUUCCAACUGGCAUCAAUGAAAAAAGAGUAGCUGGUAACAGGAAUGAUGAAAUAUGAGUAGCUGGUAACUAACAGAUGAUAUUUGGAUAUAAAGAAGGAGUGCAGAAUUGGGAGUAUUAGUCAAUGAGCAGCAGUGGCUUGUGGACUAGAUUACUUUGGCAGAAAAGCUCUCAUGCAUGUAGUAGAGGAGGAUAGGGUGGGUUUGGUAUUUUACUGCCUCUUUUUCUGGAAACUGUGGAAGAUGAAUGUGUUUCUUUCUCCUACUCCCAUUCGACUUUUGCGAGCCUUUACCAUUGUCAUCAAUGAAACGGCUAAGCAAGAAAUGAGGAUUUGAUUAUUUUUUAUCUCUGUUAUGUAUAUGCUAUGCUCUCUCUGUCUCUGUCAAA